GGAGGGGGGGGGCGCUGCUGGCUGACUGACAGCUCCAGCCCCACUACCCUGGGGCUGAAGCGGAAAAUGUCAUGGAGGUCAUCAACUCUAGGGCCUCUGUUCCUGCGGUGUGGUGACUGGGCAGCUCCUGAAACGGGUAACAACAAGGGGUUGAGGACAGCUCCAAAGUGCCUAUGUCACUGUUCAGGAUCAGGCUUAGGCUACUUGAAUCACAUAGGUAUUUUUGAAAAUUUUACCCAGACUCAUUUUUGAUUUGGCAGCGGCAGAGACAUCUUAAUUUAAAACAAGACCCAAACGUACGAGAGUGAGACACCAUGGCGCAGUAGGUCACAAGCAGAAAGCAGAGAAACACCAUGAGACAAUGACAGCGCUUAGCAUUGGCUCACUUUACAUCAAAUUGUUUUGUGAAAUUGCAUUGUGAGGGUGAAUGUCAUUCUGUCAUCUUUUUUCCCCUUUCAGGUGUUAACUGUUCAUCUGAGUACCUGAUGCUGAAAUUUGUUCCUCUUUAAAUUGAGGAAACCAUUGUUAUGAUUCUCCGUGACUAAGUACCAUUCCCCCCAUCGUUACGUUACGUUAUAUGCCAAGCUGAUACAAUGAUGAAUUCUCAAAGUUUCUCAUUACCAACAAUGGUGCCCAGUAGCUCUGUUAUUAAUAGCUCCGUGACUAGUAACUUAUCAACGAACAAUCCACCCAGAAAAUCAGUUCUCAUUAGCAAACCGUUUAAAUGCUCUGAAUGUGGCAGGUCUUUUGCCCAGCUGACGGAGCUGGAGCUUCAUGAGAUGUCUCACGCUGCGGAGCGACCGUAUCGCUGCGAGCUCUGUGGAAAGACCUUUGCGCAGACAUCCGCUCUGGUGAAGCACCAGCGUGUUCACACAGGAGAGAAGCCUUACAAGUGUCCCAUGUGUGGGAAGACCUUUGCCCUGUCCUCUGGCCUGGUACUACACAAACGCAUUCACACUGGCGAGCGGCCCCACACCUGCCCACUCUGCGGCAAGAAAUUCAUCUCCUCCUCCCACCUGGCCCUGCAUCUGCGCUCGCACACGGGUGAGAGGAAGUACAAGUGCAAUGUGUGUGGGAAGCUCUUCCUACAGUCCUCGCACCUUGUGAGGCACAAAGCAAUCCACACGGGGGAAAAGCCCUUCAAAUGUGAGGACUGUGGGAAGAACUUUGGGCGUGCCUCACACCUGAAGACUCACAGACGUGUUCACACAGGGGAGAGGCCUUUCAAAUGCACCCAGUGCGAGAAGGCCUUCACACAGAAGGCAGGACUGAUCCUGCACAUCCGCCUUCACACUGGUGAGAGGCCCUACAAAUGUGAGAAGUGCGGGAAAAACUUCCGUUCCUCCGCUCACCUCAUGUCGCAUCAGCUCCUUGAGUCUGGGGAGAGGAAUUUCAAAUGUACCACAUGCAGUAAGGCCUUUAAGCAGGCCUCAUCUCUCAAACAGCACUUAAAAACACAUGAAGCCCGCGAGCCUCAUCGCUGUUCUGUUUGUAGCCGAACUUUUUCUAGGUCCUCUUAUCUCCAACUUCAUAUGAGAACGCACAGUGGGGAGAGGCCCUAUCAUUGCAUGGUUUGCAACCGGACUUAUGCCAAAAUACAUCAGAGAAUCCACUCGGGCGAGAAGCCCUACAGAUGUCUUCUGUGCGGGAAAGGCUUCACCGUCAGCUCCACCCUGGCUAAGCACCGGCGCAUCCACACUGGGGAGAAACCCUACCAGUGCCUCAGUUGUGGGAAGAGCUUCAUCCAGAGCUCGCAGCUCAUCACCCACCAGAGAACACACACGGGCGAGAAGCCCUACCAAUGCCCCGAAUGCGGGAAGGGCUUCAGCCGGAGCUCUCACCUCAUCAUCCACCAGAGGUUCCACACUGGAGAGAAGCCCUAUGAAUGCCCCCAAUGCGGGAAGGGCUUCAGCCAGAGCUCCAACCUGGCCACGCACCAGAGAGUGCACACGGGGGAGCGGCCCUACCAGUGCUCCCAGUGUGGGAAGGGCUUUGCACAAAGCUCAGACUUCACCGCCCACCAGCGGCUGCACAUGGGCGAAAGGCCCUACCGCUGUGCCGAGUGUGGGAAAAGCUACACAAACAGCUCUGCCCUCAUCAAACACCAGAGGAACCACACGGGGGAGCGACCCUACAAAUGCCCCGAGUGCAGGAAGGGCUUCAGCCAGAGCUCCGCUCUGCUUGCCCACCAGCGGAUCCACACGGGAGAGAGGCCCUACAAGUGUCCUGAGUGUGGAAAGGGCUUUUAUGCGCGCUCCCCCCUUAUUGCACACCGGAGAACCCACACCGGCGAGACGCCCUACAUGUGUUCGGAGUGUGGGAAGGGCUUCCGCAAGAAAACCAGCCUGAACAUGCAUCAGAGAGACCACCCGAUGGAGGAACAAUGCCCUGACCAGGGCUGUCCCCAGUGAACGGCAUCCAUGGCCGUUCCCACAACACACAGGGAUAUUCAGCUUCUCAGCGCCUCUCAUCCGUCUGCACAUCUGUUGGGUCAGCUGACUGCAGGAGCCACCCCUAAGCUGACUGCUGGUGAUCCUCUAGCAAGUCCUAGGCAGAGAAGAAGCCCACAUCAUCUCCUAUUUAACUGGUGUUUCCCAAGCUGUAACGCUGCCAGGCCCUCUGUCUCUUGUCAACAUGGGAGGAGAGAGGAAAACCCCUCCAGGAGCCCCUUUUUCCUCGUGUGGGCAGCAGCUGGGAGAAAGCUACGUGGUUCAGGCCCUAAACUAACUCAAGAGACCUCUCACCACUACCCCCCAGACCAGGGCUGGGCUCUCAAACUGAUCCAGAACGGUAGCUUGAUUUUGCUCAUACAACCUUAAUUCUGGCCCCUUGUGCAAAUAAGUUCUGUUAAAUUUUAAUUUACACUGUCACAUACCGUUUUUUCCCCACAGGGCUCCUACCUCAUUCAGUGCCCAGAAUGGAUGCAUCGGGCAACCUGAUCUAUAGGGGUCUCUAUGCAUGCUGCCUAUAAUAGAAUGCUACCCUCCAUUCUCUCCCUGCUCCUUGCCUGGGGUGCCCAGGGUCAUCUGGGGCCACUUACAUUACUGUCUCAAAAGUGCCUUGAAUUGCCAGUGGAGCCAACCCCCAUUUUCUGCCUACCUAAAUUACUCAUUUUGCCCUGGCAAGCUCCUGGAAAUCCAGUCCUGAAUGGUCGGUGCGUCCCACACAUUCGUGAUGAAAUACUAGCCGAGCUGCUGUUUAGAGCCCUGCAGAAAGCAACAGGAAAUGGAGAUGUACGUCUCAUCCUAAUGCUGCCUGAGCUGAGUCUGCAGUAGGUUCAUUCCAUUUUCAAUGGUCACAACCUCAUUCCAGUGCCAGGGAGGAACAAGUCCUCAAUCUCAGGCAGAAGAACGAAACAAAAGCAGAAAAGAUUCUGCCAACAAAACCGAUUGAUUGGGAGCAGUAACAGAUUGAUUGGGAGCAGUUUUAAGCUUAAUCAAAAUAAGCCACUCUUAAAUUGAAAUAAGCGUGUCUACACAGGGAUGUGCAGAGUUUUAACUAAAUAAGCUUAAAUUCCCACCGUAAGUUAAAGUGGUACAAGCCCUCAGUGCAGCCCUGCCAACCCCAAGCAUGCAAAAAUCAUGAGUCCAGCCCCAAAACAUGAGAUUUGGCUUAAAAGUCCAGAGGGGUUUUAAAAAUAAUACAUGUUAAGUUUUUGUUUCUUCUGGUUUCUGAGCCUUUAAGUGUGCAUGUGCGUCACAUUUUCAGUCUUUUCCCUGCAACCAUGAGGGUUAGAACCUCCCUUAAAAAAAGAAAAGAAAAGAAAGUUGAGCUUCUUAUUCAGUCUCUUGAUUCUAGCAGCUGGAGCUGGAAAACACCAAAUAUAAUGAGAGCUGCAUUACAUUUGUAAGAGUUGGUAACACGAUAUCGUCAUCUGCUUUUUCACAUAGGUGUGUGUGCACCCAGCACACUGGAACCUGAGAAAUUUGCCUAGUGGUACCUGUAGAGGGUGGCACUUGCACCUCAUGGCCAUAGGCCUUUCCCUGGCUACAUGACGUGGUGCCACCUCAACCCUCUCUGUUUUUAUUUCUUGGUCAACUGUAACAUCCCAUGUUUAAUUCAUUCUGUUAAACACUGUCAACACUAUCACCUAACCAGCUUUAUUCGACUUUCUGUAAUUUCUUAGUUGCUUUUGAAAUUCUGUUUUGGCUAAUGAAUGGAUACAUUUACCAUACUUCCCCAGUCUGUAUUUUAGCUGAGGAACAGAUCUAAAAAGAACCUGAGGGCUUGUGUGCUGCUGAAGUGCUUCAGUGUAGAUGCUGCCUGUUCCAACGGGAGGGGUUCUCCUGAAGGCAUAGGCACUCCACCUCCCCGACAGGCGGUAGCUAGGUCGACAGGAGAAUUCCUGUCUAUGCCAGGGAUUAGGUCGAUUUAACUGCGUCGCUCAUGGGUGUGGAAUUUUCACACCCCUGCGCGACGUAGUUAUAUUGACCUAAUUUUGUAGUGUAGUCUAGUCCUUAGAAACUUGGUAGAUAAUAGGUUAAUUAAAUUAAUUGGCUAAUAUGGUUUAGAAUGUGCAUUUCUUACAUCAUGCAUCUUAAUGAGGGAUGAAGUUCAAAGUCUAAUUGUCAAUGCUAACAUGAAGUGCGGGCAAACAUAUUUGUCUUAAACCCAAAUUACUUAUAUAUAAAAAGCAAGAUUAGUGCAAAACUAAGGCUGCUUGUUUAGGAUGAAUGCAGAGAAGGAAGAUGGUUCAGGGGGUUGGGCACUAAUCUAGCCCUUGAGAGAGACUGGUUCAAGUUCCUGCUCCAUCAUAGAUUUUCUGCAUGAACUUGGGAAAGUCACUUAGGCCCAGUUCCACAAAGGUGUUAGGAGCCUAAAUCCCUUUGUGGCUCUGGGCUUCUGGGCCUCAGCUCCCCAUCUGUACAAUGGGGAUAACAGCACUUUUCAACAUCACCGGGGAGUUGUGAAGAGAAAUCCAUUAAAGCUUGUUAAGCGCUUGGAUAUAGCACUAAUGGGGACUAUAUAAGCACUUACGAUAGAUAGAACUGCAGAAGCUAAGAUUUCUAUAGCAGGGUUGGCUUAGCUAUGUAAAUCUGUAUAUUAUGAUAUAGUGAUGUAAACCCCGUACAAACACCAGAAGGGUUAAGGGAGCCUGAAAGUGUCAGUAACCUCACUGAUUGCACCUGGGGAGGGUGUGGUCAGGUGAAGGGGGUGGACUUAAAAGAGGAGAGAGAAGGUCAGUUGGGAGAGGAGAGUACGUAGCGUGUUCCCUCCCUCCGGGAAGUGGGAUGAUAGAAGGCUGGAGAAUCUUAGAAAUAUAGGGCUAGAAGGGACCUCAAGCGGUCAUCAAAUCCAGCUUCAUCUGCUAAGGACCAAGUAAACCUAGACCAGCCCUGGCAGAUGUUUGUCCAGCCUGUUUUUAAAAAGCUCUAAUGAUGGAAAUUCCACAGCCUCCAUAGGUAGCCCAUUCCAGAGCUUACCUAGCCUUCUAGUUAGAAAGUGUCAACUAAUAUCUAACCUAAACCUCCCUUGCAAGAGAUGGAGCCCAUUACUUCUUGUCCUACCUUCAGCAGACAUGGAGACCAAUGGACAGGCUGCCCCUGAGGUGAGCCAGCAGAAAGAUCAGGAGCUGCUGAGGGACCCAGGACCCCUGGGAAGGCAGAGAACUGUCUGGCCCUGACUGUGGCAUGGAGUGAGGAUGUUGAUGAUGGAGGAGGUUUACCUGCGCAGGAACGGGAUGGCCAGAUGAGCCUGACUGGGGCUGAGGAUUUAGUUAUGUUUCUCUGGGAUGCAUUAAAGGACUCUGUGGUCCCAGAAGGGGUCAGACUCUUGAAAGUCUCGUGGUCGGAGAGUCAGACCACCCCUGCGGCCAGAACAGGCUGAAGAACACAAGAGGAAAAAGGAAGCACAGCUGCUGCUAUGGGGCAUCCAGCUAUGGGGCAGCAGUUUUGCGGCAGGUAUAUAUUUAUAACUAUUAAAAUCAGACGGCAUCUUGAACAAGACACAUGGUAUGGAAAAUGUUCUAGGGACCUAAAUGAACGGUAACGCAAAAGCUACCUUAGCGGUGUCACUUUCAUGUAGCCCUGCAAAUAUUUCACAAUGACCGUUGCAUUACAUUUUUGUUCACAUUUAACUUAUUGAGAUGAUGUUGAAUCAAUGCUGGGAAUGUAAAAGUGUUAGUAACAAUGGGAAUGAAAA